UAUUUUUCUUUUGUUAUGUGGUGAACAAUAACAGCCUUUCAGAAAGGAUCAACAUUUCAACAGAACAAUCGUCACCUAUGGCUGAAAAAGAAUGGAGCAAAAACAUGAUGCAGUGAGUGGAUAGAAGACUCCAUAAAAAUCAUGAGUUUGAUACUUCGUCUUCUCCAUCCUCUUCCUCAAACUCACACUAACACCAUUCCCAAACUCAAUUCUGAUAAUAAACAAAAGUUCCUACCAAAUCUCUUCUCUCUAGCCAUUGCUGUAACAUUAACAUCUCCACUACCUUCUCAUGCAAUCCCUUCCCUCAAUUCUCAACCCCCUCCAACCACUCUUAGUACCACCCCUUUUUCUCAAUCAAAAAACUUGCAACUUGGAUUAGAAAAUGGAAAAAUUAGACCUUGCCCAUCAAUAAAUCCUGGUUGCAUAUCAACAAACCCGAAGUCAUCAUCUUUUGAUUUUCCUUGGACGGUUCCUGAAAAUUCAGUGGAUAAUGCUAUUCAGAGACUACGUGAAGCAAUUCUAGAGACUCAGAAAAAUGUGAAAUUUCAGCCCGUGGAAGAUACCCCAGAUGGACAGUAUCUGCAAGCUGAAGUUGAUGGAAAAUUUGAUAGAGACGUACUUGAGUUUCUGGUGAAAGGUGAUGUGGUUGCCUUUAGGUGUAUGGCAGCAAAAGUGACUUAUAUAUACCCUUUCACUACUGCAUUUGGAGAUUCAAAGGGUCAAGAAGCAAGACUCAAGCAAAUUAAUGAUCAAUUGGGCUGGUAUGCUCCCAGUUUUGAUUCCAUGGAGUAGUUAAUGUUUCUAUUUUAUGUUGCUUUAAUUCUUUGGUUUGUGUAUAGCUGAAUGCCUUUAUUAUUACAUUCUUCCUUAUUAUAUACAAUUUCAUGGCCUUUGUUGUUUUGCGGCUAAGCUUAAUGCUUGUUAUUAUAAACAAUUUUAUAAAUAUUUUGUUUGAUAGCA